AUGCCCUCCUUCACCGUCUUCAAAGGCUCCGACUCCGGCAAAAUAGUAAAGGCGCAAACCACCCGCCCCGACCUGAAGAAUGACGAUGUCCUCGUAAAGGUCACCGCCUCGGGCGUCUGCGGUACAGACGAGCACUACAAACACGCCGACAUGGCCCUCGGCCACGAAGGCGCCGGCGUCGUCGAAGCCACCGGCCCUGGCGUAACCUCCCUCAAGAAAGGCGACCGCGUAGGCUGGGGCUACGAGCACGACUCCUGCGGCCACUGCGAGUAUUGCUUGUCUGGGCGCGAGCAGUACUGCCCCGAGCGCAAGAUGUACGGCAUGGCGGACACGGACCAGGGGAGCUUUGCGAGCCACGGUGUCUGGCGCGAGGCGUUUCUCUUCAAGCUUCCCGAGGCGUUGAGCGAUGCUGAGGCUGCGCCCCUGAUGUGCGGUGGUGCGACGGUGUUCAAUGCGCUCAGAGCGACGGGCGUCAAGCCCACCGAUCGAGUCGGCAUCAUGGGGGUUGGAGGGCUGGGACAUCUGGCCAUUCAAUUUGCGAGUAAGAUGGGGUGCGAUGUAGUGGUUCUGAGCGGGACGGAUAGUAAGAAAGAGGAGGCGACGAAGCUGGGAGCGCAUGACUUCAUUGCUACCAAGGACAAGAAGGAGAUUGAUGUGGGGAGGAAGAUUGAUGUGUUGGUUGUGACGACCAGCGUUAUGCCGGACUGGAACGUUGUGCUUCCUGCUCUUGCACCGACUGCGACGAUUAUCCCGCUCACCGUGAGCGAGGGCGACUUCUCGAUUCCUCAGAACCCGCUCAUCCUUGGUGGACACACCAUUCAGGGUGUUGCUGUCUCCGCUCGCGCUGUACACCGUCAGAUGCUGGCGUUUGCUGCGCUACACGGCAUCAAGCCUAUCGUCAUGAAGUUCCCCAUGACGGAAGAUGGUAUUGAAGAAGCCAUGGGGACGUUGCGCGAUGGCAAGAUGCGGUACCGAGGUGUCUUGAUCCCUCAGUAA